AUGGCGACAAAUUCAUCAACGAUAGAAGUUAGGAAACCGAGGGACAUGUUGAAAACAUAUUAUGGCCUAUCCACUGCUGAUUCUUCAGCAGUCAACAAUUUGAGCCAGCAGAGCAAGAGAUCGUCUGCCGCUGAUGGCAAUGUCGGAAGUCCGUGCGACAUCAACGGCUCAAAUUUCGAUCCGGAGAUGUACCUGGAUAAACUCCUAAAAGAAAAAACAUUGACAGAGCUAGUUGACAAAGAGCAUGAGAUGGUCAGGAUGAUUCGGACUUUGGAUAGUGACAUGCAAACAUUGGUUUAUGAGAAUUAUAACAAGUUCAUCAGUGCUACUGACACCAUUAGAAAGUUACUUUUAUUAAAAAAGAUGAAAAGUGACUUCAAAAAGAUGGAAGACGAGAUGGAUAACCUGUGCAGUGCCAAGCAGCUGACAGAAUGUGUUGACCUGUUGCUGCAGCUGAAUGAGCCAGCCGACAUGCUCUGUGAUGAAUUUCUUACCCAAGCAAGAGAGAAGAUAGAAGCAGACCUCUCUAGUCUUGAGCUCCAGCUCCAGUUAUGCUCCAACGAUUUUCAAUCACUUGCAAAAACUGCAACGACGACAUCGCCGUCAGUAACAACGACAAAAUUUCCAACAACAGCCACAGAAGCAACCACAGCAGCUGCUGCAGCUAAAAGCAAGAAUAAACACUCGUUUGACGUUGGCGAUGGUAAGAUGAGUGAGAAUGUUUUACACGAACGCGGCGAUGCCCUUGAUGGUAAUGCAUACAACGUUAUGGACAUCUUGGAGUUUGUUGAUAAAGGUUGUAAUGGUUUUCUCAGUAACAUAUGCCUGGUUGUGGCGUCAUACAAUGAUAUGUUCCUUGCCAGACAGCAAGAAGAUAUGCAGCUGGAUGCCAUAGCCCUGAAGAAGUUGAUCGACUUUGUGAACGAGCUGAUGGCGAGGUAUUUCUACUAUGUCAAAAUGAGAGUGCAGCUUGAGAAAGCUACAGGCAACAACAUGAUAUUAGUCAGAUCAUUGGAUCGAUUCCAUAGAAGAUUGCAAGCAAUGAACAAACUUCUUCCUGAUUCUGAUUUUUCUAGCCACAACAAGGGGGGUCCAGGAGCAGGGAUGAGCUUCGGAGAGAUGGUGAAGAAGUUGCAUUCAUCCUUGAUUGAGCAAGUCAAAUCGGUGCUUAAUAACUUGCAGGCUUUCAUUCACCCCGACAUAACAUUCGCAAUGAAACAACAUUUUCGCACGAACUUCUGCCUGGUUGAAGUGAGGGAGAACUUUGUGGUGGCUUUCAUCAGGCACAUCAUUCAAACGACUUCAUCCAUCAGACAGACGAACCUAACCCUGGUCAACGAGCAGUUUCAAUCGGACCACCACUACCACUUCCAUCAUCAACAGCAGCACAAUUCAUUUCAACAACAGCAACAACAUUCCUUUCAAACUCCGCCGUCGUCGUCAUUACCGCCAACAUCGUCAUCUAUGACGUCAUCGUCGACGUUGUGUAGCGAGGCGAGAUCAGCAGCCCAGCAAAUUCUAAACCAUUACGUUAAAGUGCAGGGAACGAGGAGUGAGAGAUUGAGUGAUUCGACAGCUAGAAGGAGUGCAGCGUCCCGACUGAUGGGGGGUGGGAAAGCUCAGUGGAACUAUGCCCCCAGCACAAACAUGGACUCGAGCCUGAUGAGUAACAUACAAAAGUUAUUCUACGAGAAGAUUGAAGUCUUCACGCCCGUCCAAUUCAACAGGGUCUCCAUUAUGACUGGCCUGAUUAAGAUCUGCCUGAAGACGCUACUGGAAUGUGUGCGUCUGAAGACGUUUGGUCGCUAUGGUCUGCAGCAGAUGCAAGUCGACUGCUACUACCUACAAUUGUACCUUUGGAGAUAUGUUCAAGAUGAAAACAUGGUCCACAUAUUGUUGGAUGAGGUGGUUAGUAGCACCAUACACAGAUGUCUCGAUCCAGUUCCUAUGGAAGCCAGUGUUGUUGAUGUGAUCUGUGACAAGAACUGAGAGGAAACAAUCAUUCAUUCAUUCAUUCUGAAGGGGUACAAUCAUUUAUUCAUUCAUUCUGAAGGGGUACAAUCAUUUAUUCAUUCAUUCUGAAAGGAUACAAUCAUUCAUUCAGUAGAACAUUCCAUAAAACAGGCAUUUCAAAAGAAUGAAUAAACCAUCCAUCACCAUCAGCUAAAUGUUUUUCACCAUCUACUAAACCAACAUUUCAAUGCGUUCUAAUCUUACUCAAUACUGUAUUAUCAUUAAUGUUCAAAUGCAUUAAUUGUUUAACCAAUUAUAAUUGAUAAAAAAUCCAAUAGCAUUUCUUCAUGUUUGUUUAUCAUUCAUGGAUUAAUUCAUUCAUUCGUGCAUCCAUUCAUUUAUUUAUUAACUCAGUAAUAGUGUGUAUUUAAUUUGACUGGAUUAAGACAUUUUUUUUUCCAAAUGCAUUUAUUAUUAUCGUUAGAUUGAUACUAGAUUAAUUAUCCUCUUAAUUUCGAAUUUGAGAUUACAAACAAAUAAUAAAUAAGUAUAUAUAUAUAUAUAUAUAUAUAUAUAUAUAUAUUAAAAAUUUCAAAUAAAUUUGAAUUAGUAAUGGGA